ACAUCAAAAGUCAACCAUCUAACAAUUACUACAAAAAUCACCUAAACCCGACACACACAGCCCCCCUAAUAGCAACGAAGUUACCGUCGGCGUUGAGGUUGAAAGUUCAAGCCCAACUGUCCCCGACUGUUUGUUAUGAGUCGGCCACGGCCCCCACCCACUUCCUUCCUCAAUGAGUCGCUGCUCAUCAUUCAAGUCCUUCCAACUUUCACUUGUCUAGGCCCUCUUUUACUUUGUAUUCAGUUUCCUUGCCUUUCCUCGUUCUCUCUCUGAGCAGGCUCACGGGACCUCGGCCUUGUGUCUGUCCACCUUGUCCAUACUCGUGUGUGUGUGUGUCGCUGUUGCUCUCUUGUGUUUGUUCGUUUGUUUUUUUCUUUUCUUUUUUAAGUUGCUACGGAUUCCUCUGUUUGUUUGCUUAGAGAAAGAAUUUGGAAAAUGAAAUAUAAAAGGAUCGUAUUUGAUGUGACGUUUUUUGCUCGGAGAAAUGAUUGAGUAAUUGGCCUGGACUGAUCGGAGGCCUUUGUUCGAGUGCUGGGGCUGCUUUCUUUUCGUUAUGUUACGCACUUGUAGGAAACAAAACAGAGCAUUCACCAUGUUAAAUAUAUGCGUGCAUGUAUCCAUAUGUGUAUGUAUAUGGUUCAUGUGUGAUGGUUUUGUUCAACUAAAAUUAUUUAAGAAUACGAAUGGUUAUGAUCGACUUGGGUUAUAUUGGUUUUGUUGCUUAGAUGUUCUUGUAUAUAACCUUCUGUCGUUUUGGGUUUUUGUUUUUUAAAUGUGCCCUAUGUGACUGAUUGAGUUUCUCUUCUGCGAAACGAUGUCCUUAUUCGUUUCAAUUUCGUUGAAUCCUGGAAACAGACGGGGAAUUUUGAAUUUCUUCCCCUUAUUUUGUUUGCAUAUCAUCAAACUAGGUUGAACAAAGGUAUGAAUAAGCGUAUAAGAAACAUGAUGCAUCAGGAUAAUUUGAAUGGUUCCAUUAUGUUUUACAUAUCAUUUAGAAGUACAAACACGUGAAGCAUAGUCUUCAAUCUAGCGUGCCACUGCGUAAAAUUAAAAUCUUAAUACUUUUCCAUUCCUAUCAAAUUAUGGUGAUGAGUAGGAAGUUUUAGUUAUUUCCCAGUCUGGACGACUAAUACUUCUAUCAUAAACAAAAGAGCCUUUCAAUUUCUAAAGUGAUAUUAGUCUAGAUUGGUUUUUUAAAUGAAUGCUAUGAAAGUUUGAAUGGAAUGUUAGGAUGGAAACUAUGCGGACGCUGUACUCUUUAAGAAAUUACAAUCCCUGUUUUGAGUUUGGAUGUUUUUGAUUGUGAGGGUGAAGAACCAUUAUUGUAACAAUGAAUGCUAAAUAUGUUUGGACACAUCCUAACAAUGCUCUUUCUUCUCUAUCACAGCAUCAAAUUUCUGGUACAAAUGGAGGUGUUCAAAGAAGUUUCUAGGCAGGGGGGUGCCUCUCGUGACAGAGUUGCUAUUAGAGCCAAUAAGCAAAGUUAUAGCUACAUACAGCUCAUUUCAUCGGCAUUCGAGAUAUCUAAUAUUUUAAGCAGUAGUGACUUAAUAAGUACUUCCAAAGAGAGCAAACGGGAAAAGCCUUCUCUCUCUGUUGAUGGUGUGGGGGGACCUGGAGAUCUUGGUGGAGCUCGAAUAGGAAUUGUGGCCAAACCUUCAGCUGAGUUCGUUGCUGGAAUGCUAGGGACCUGGUUGAGUGGAGGUGUUGCUGUUCCGCUUGCAGUCAGCUACCCAGAGGCUGAGCUCCUACACGUGAUGAAUGAUUCGGAUGUCUCCAUGGUAUUAAGUACUGAGGAUCAUCACGAGUUUCUGCAAGAAGUUGCUUCUAAAUGUGCUGCUCGACACUCUCUUAUUCCACCUGUUCUGAGCAUUUCUUCACAGAAAAGUGCCCAUGAUCAUUCAAAACCUGGAGGAAUAGAUGAACGUGGAAUUUUGCAAAGGAAUAUUGAGACAUCAAGUGAGGAUCCAGCAUUAAUUAUAUAUACAAGUGGUACAACCGGUAAACCUAAAGGAGUUGUUCACACGCACAGAAGCAUCACUGCACAGGUACAAACACUCGCAGAAGCUUGGGAGUAUACUUCAGCUGACCAAUUUUUGCAUUGCCUACCGCUACAUCAUGUUCAUGGGCUUUUUAAUGCUCUACUAGCACCUCUCUAUGCCGGGUCAACGGUUGAGUUUAUGCCAAAAUUUAGUGUAAGGGGAAUUUGGCAGAGAUGGCGUGAGUCAUAUCCAAUUGAGGGGACUAAGGCUGAUGACGCUAUAACUGUAUUUACAGGAGUUCCAACUAUGUAUACUCGAUUGAUACAAGGUUAUGAAGCAAUGGAUCCAGACUUACAAGCUGCUUCUGCCUCUGCAGCAAGACAGAUGAGACUAAUGAUGUGUGGCUCCUCGGCACUCCCUCAUCCUGUCAUGCAACGAUGGGAAACUAUCACGGAGCAUCGCCUUUUGGAACGAUAUGGCAUGACUGAAUUCAUCAUGGCAAUAUCAAAUCCAUUGGAAGGUAUUCGGAAGGCCGGGACUGUUGGGAAACCAUUUCCUGGUGUGCAGGUGAAGAUUCUAGCAGAAGAUGAGAAUCAAGAUGACACAGAUGGGGUGGGUGAGCUUUGUGUUAAAAGCCCUUCAUUGUUUAAGGGAUAUUGGAAACUUCCAGAGGAAACUAGGGAAUCAUUUACUGAUGGUGACUUCUUCAGAACUGGGGAUGCUGGUAAAGUGGAUGCGGAUGGAUACUACAUCAUUUUGGGACGUACAAGUGCUGAUAUUAUGAAGGUUGGUGGAUACAAAUUAUCUGGAUUAGAGAUUGAAUCGGCUAUCUUGGAGCAUCCAGUUGUUGCAGAAUGUUGUGUGUUGGGGUUACCAGACAAAGAUUAUGGAGAAGCUGUUUGUGCGAUUAUUGUGCCUAAUGCAGACGUUAAGAGAAAAAGGGAGGAAGAUUUGGAGCCUGCUAUAACGUUGGAAGAACUCUGCUCUUGGGCUAAAGAAAAACUUGCACCGUACAAGCUACCAACCCGAUUGUUUCUCUGGGACUCGCUGCCUCAUAAUGCUAUGGGAAAGGUGAAUAAGAAAGAAUUGAAGAAAGUGCUGGCUGCUGAACAGUAAAUGUCAAGUGAUUGUAGAUCAGAAGUUAUGCAUGCCACUUCACUGUGAUCCCAAUUAAUUUGUUGAAACUUCGAACGGAAUGAAAUUUUCAAUGAAGCUACAGAUAAAAAGGAACAUUUGCCUACUUAUAAAAUAAAAUGGAAUAUUAAUUUUAUUGUUA